AUGAUGAAUUUCACACAGAUUGUCAUAGAAGGUGGAAAUGAUAUUUUGACCUCAUUUCAACUGUCUGACAACAGAGUCACAUUUACUCGCUUCAAUAACACAGAGGAUGUCCUCGUCAACGGAUACCUACUAUCAUGGAAGUAUUUUUACAAUAUUAAUAUACAUAUUAGACAUGAAUUUUCAUUUGUGCCCAGUAUCUUGUCAGAUGCAAAGAGAAUUAAACAUGGCGUUGCGAAACAGUUUAAUGUCACAUUGGGUAAAAGAAAUUUUUAUAACAACAGCAACAACUGGAAGGUUGCUUUCUUGGAAGGAAACUCUGACGCCGUGGAUAUGGCCGUUCUGAGUUUGUGUGACCAUACCAUUGUCUCCACGGGGACUUUUGGUUGGUGGGCAGCCUGGCUGGCGGGAGGAACGACGAUCAUCUCUUAGUAGCAGGCCGGAAAUGGAUCGCCUCUUAGUAAGCAAUUCGUCUAUCCGGAAUAUUUUCCUCCAAAAUGGAUAGUUUUAGAUCACAACUAAUGAGUAUGAGUUUGUUUAGUUAUACGGCAAGAUAAUUUAUAUAUAUAGAUGUAGCUGUGCAAAAUAAUUUAUAUGUUGACACAAUAAAGAUAGCAUGUUGAUAAGUUGUUUUCAUCAGUUUCAGGAUAUAUUUAACAAGAUGCGUUAAUAAAUAAUCAAGUAGUUGGGACAAUGAAUAUCACAUAUUUAACGCCAUACAUGACAAUGUAAGAUUUACAACUUUAUAAUUUUAAUAUGUAAUGGGUAAAUAACACAAUCGAUUUCUGCUUAAUGCGGACAAAUGGAAUAUAAAGAAGACUGUUUUUUAAUCGGCAUUGAAAUGGUUAAUAUGACAUUUUCGUCGUAAAUAUAUAACAUGCGGACAAAUAUGCAUUAAUUUAAAUUGUGCCUACAGACAGUCGGCUGUUUCCACUAUCUUAGCCGAUUAUAAUAGUUCGUACUGACAGUGAACAUUCGUGUUUUCGUAUUCCAAAUUUGUUUAUUAAUAUUUCUGUAUUAUUCAUUAUACCCCCACAAACAAAGUUUAGGGGGGGGGGUAUAUAGGAGUGAACUUGUCGGUCGGUCGGUCUGUCUGUCGGUCCGUAUUAAGUGUCCGCUCUCUAAUUCAAGUAGUUUUCAUCCGAUCUUCACUAAACUUGGUCAGAAGUUGUAUCUACAUGAUGUCUAGGCCAAGUUCGAACAUGGGCCUUGCCGGGUGAAAAACUAGGUCACGGGGUCACUUAGUGCGUUUUAAAUAUUCAGCAUGUUGUCCGCUCUCUAAUUCAAAUAGGUUUCAUCCGAUCUUCACCAAACUUGGUCAGAAGUUGUAUCUAGAUGAUCUUAAGGCCAAGUUAAACAUAGGCCUUGCCGGGUAAAAAACUAGGUCACGGGGUCACUUAGUGCGUUUUUUAACAGUAAGCAUGGUGUCCGCUCUCUAAUUCAAGUAGUUUUUAUCCGAUCUUCACCAAACUUGGUCAGAAGUUGUAUCUAGAUGAUCUUAAGGCCAAGUUCGAACAUGGGCCCUGCCGGGUCAAAAACUAGGUCACGGGGUCACUUAGUGCGUUUUAAACAUUCAGCAUGGUGUCCUCUCUCUUAUUCAAGUAGUUUUUAUCCGAUCUUCACCAAACUUGGUCAGAAGUUUUAUCUAGAUGAUUUGAAGGCCAAGUUCGAACAUGGGCCAUGCCAGAUCAAAAACUAGGUCACAGGGUCGCUUAGUACGUUUUACACAUUGAGCAUGGUGUCCGCUCUCUAUUUCAAGUAGUUUGAAUCCGAUCUUCACCACACUUAGUCAGAAGUUGUAACUAGAUGAUGUGUAGGUCAAGUUCGAACAUGGGCCAUGCCGGCUCAAAAACUAGGUCACGGGGUCACUUAGCGUGUUUUAAACCUCACCAUGUUGUCCGCUCUCUAAUUCAAGUAGUUUUUAUCCAAUCUUCACCAAAGUUGGUCAGAAGUUGUAUCUUGAUAAUGUCUAUGGCAAGUUUUAAUAUGGGUCAUGCGGGUCAAAAACAAGGUCAAGGGGUCACUCAGUGCGUUUUAAACAUCACAAUAAUGUCCGCUCUCUAAUUCAAGUAGUUUUUAUCCAAUCUUCACCAAACUUGGUCAGAAGUUGUAUCCAGAUGAUGUCUAGGUCAAGUUUGAAUAUGGGUCAUGCCGGGUCAAAAACUAGGUCACGGGGUAUCUUAGUGCGUUUUAAACCUCACCAUGUUGCCCGCUCUCUAAUUUAAGAAGUUUUCAUCCAAUCCUCACCAAACUUGGUCACAAGUUUUAUCUGAAUGAUCUCUAGGACAAGUUUGAACAUGGGCCAUUCUCGGCCUAAAACUAGGUUCCGGAGGUGCCCGCUCUCUAAUUCAAGUAGUUUACAUCCGAUGUUCACCAAACUUGGUAAGAAGUUUUAUGGAGAUGAUCUUAAGGCCAAGUUAGAACAUGGGCCUUUCUGGGUCAUAACUAGGUCAAGGGGUCACUUAGAGCGUUUUAAAAAUUGAGCAUGGUGUCCGCUGUUUUUUGUGAAGACGACAUGCAAAAUAUUAUGUGUCAAUGCGGCAUGUGGAGGUAUUCACUUCAUUCGCGAAAUUAAAUUUUACAUAAGGCACAAAAUAAAUGUUGCAUAUUAAUUUUGUCAUUUAACAUAAUUAAAUGAGUAGGAAUAACUCUUGUAUAAUAAAAAAGUAACGAAAAACAGUUUUGCCGACCUAACUACCAUAUGUUUUGGAGAUAUCCAUGGAAAAAAAACAGCAUAUUUUAUUGGCCUUGGUGGGGUGGGACAUAUAUUUAUAAUUUGAAAAUGUUUAUGGCAUAUAUCAAAUAUGAUGAUGUUAACUACACCUCUUGAGAAAGCAGAUAUCAAGUUAGCCAAUAGAAAAGGAAACAUCGCUUGCGGUAAUAGUAGAAUUGAAAUCGUUAUGCGGUUCUCUUAAUCAAGUGUAUUACACUGUAAAUAUUUAUAAUACUUUUAUGCAAUAAUAAACCAUCUCAUAUAUUUAUCAUUGAAAACUAAAUUAAUAGUACGUCCUAAACAUUACAGGAGCCAAAAACUACAUAAAGUAUGAAUAUUAUAACCUAAGAAAAUUAUCAAUUUCAAAAAAUAAUUCAGAAUGUUUUGACAUUGAAUGGGAAUUGUUUACUACCAUUGUAGAACAAACUUAUACGCUGAAUUUUAUAAAAAUUGUAGUUCUUUACAACUUUGUAUAAAAAAUUGAACUCAAAGAACCAAGUUGAAAUCUUAAAAAAAAUAUAGGUAGUACCUAUGUGUCAUAAAUCACAAUAACAUGUACCUAUUUUUAUUUUUCUAUGCAUUUUUAUACAGAUAUACACAUACUAUUUGCCUACUACAAUUAAUGCAUACUUUAAAUAUGUAUACAUCCUAGAAAAUGUCUUUAUUUUGAAAAUGUCCCUAGUAUUGCUUUUAAUCCCCUUCAUUCAUCUUAAUAUUCAUAUACUAUGUGUUUAUUAAAAUGUAUACACACUUUAAACAUGUAUAAAUACUGGAACAUCUAGUUUUCUGCUUUUGUUCUUUGUAAAUACUUGUUAAAGUUUUUCCAACACAAAAUUGCAUACAACUGUCUCGUAUUUUCAGCAUUGUUUUUGGUUUGUAAACUUUAAAUGUCUGUUGACACGAAUGUGUGUUUUUUUCCUUAUUAUUAUUUGGUACUAUGUAAUCGCUAACAAAGGCAUGUUUGAUUUUGUUUAUAAACAAAAGUUAUUUUUACACCCUUAAGAAUAUAAUGCAUAGAGGAAAUGAUUUGCUGUUGUAGAAUAUUUAAAUAAAAAAUUAAACAUGAUCUAAGACAUUAAACAUUUACUCUAAAUUCUGUGUAUUAUGUGUAAGUCACUCUUUCUCCCAUGGUAAAGUAAGGGAUUUAGUCCACCUUCUAUUCUAAUUGCGUUGUCUUUGUAUGUCACAGUCUACAAUUAUAUAGAUAACGUAUGACAUGUAUUUUUAGCUCAUCUAUUUUUUGAAAAAAAAAAUGAGCUAUUGUCAUCACCUUGGCGUCGGCGUCGGCGUCGGCGUCGGCGUCGGCGUUGGCGUUGGCGUUGGCGUUGGCGUCGGCGUCCGGUUAAGUUUUGCGUUUAGGUCCACUUUUCUCAGAAAGUAUCAAUGCUAUUGCAUUCAAACUUGGUACACUUACUUACGUUCAUGAGGGGACUGGGCAGGCAAAGUUAGAUAACUCUGGCGUGCAUUUUGACAGAAUUAUGUGCCCUUUUUAUACUUAAAAAAUUGAAAAUUUUGGUUAAGUUUUGCGUUUAGUUCCACUUUUCUCAGUAAGUAUCAAUGCUAUUGCAUUCAAACUUGGUACACUUACUUACUAUCAUGAGGGGACUGGGCAGGCAAAGUUAGAUAACUCUGGCAUGCAUUUUGACAGAAUUAUUUGCCCUUUUUAUACUUAGAAAAUUGACAAUUUUGGUUAAGUUUUGUGUUUAGGUCCAUUUUAUUCCUUAAGCAUCAAAGCUAUUGCUUUCAUACUUGCAACACUUACUAACUAUCAUAAGGGGACUGUGCAGGCAAAGUAAUGUAACUCUGACUGGCAUUUUGACAGAAUUAUGUGCCCUUUUUAUACUUAGAAAAUUGAAAAUUUGAUUAAGUUUUGUGUUUAGGUCCACUUUAUUCCUACAGUAUCAAAGCUAUUGCUUUCAUACUUGCAAGAUUUAUGAACUAUCAUAAGGGGACCGUGCAGGCAAAGUUAUGUAACUCUGACUGGCAUUUGGACGGAAUUAUGGGCCCUUUAUACUUAGAAAAUUGAAAAUUUGGUUAAGAUUUAUGUUUUGGUCCACUUUACCCCUAAAGUAUCAUAGAUAUUGCUUUCAUACUUGGAACACUCACAAACUAUCAUAAGGGUACAGUAAAAGGACAAGUUGCAUAACUCUGGUUGUCAUUGUUACGGAAUUAUGGCCCUUCUUUGACUUAGUAACUUUUAAUAUAUGGUUAAAUUUUGUGUUUCGAUCCACUUUACUUCUUAAGUAUCAAGGCUAUUGCUUUCAAACUUCAAAUACUUACAUGCUAUCAUGAGGUUACUGUACCUGGCAACUUGAAUUUUACUUUGACCUUUGAAUGACCUUGACUCUCAAGGUCAAAUUAUUAAAUUUUGCUAAAAUUGCCAUAACUUCUUUAUUUAUGAUUAGAUUUGAUUGUUACUUUGAUGAAACUACUCUUACCUGACAUACCACAAUAGACU